CCCCAAACCGAACCACCACGCGCCCGCGCCCACCGCAAAAUCUGCUCCCUUCCACCGCGAUGGCGAGAACCGUUCGUCCUCAAAUCCCCCGCUUCUGAUCCCGAAGCCAAGUCCUCCGCCGAGCAGCACCAGCAUUUCGUGCGCUCCAAAGGAGCCACCUUUGAGGAUCGGAAGGGGAGCAAUGGCGGCGGCGUGGGGCCGCGCCAAGCGCGCGCUCGCCACAAGCCUCUGCAUCAGCGUGCCCGCGCGGCAUAUGGCCAUCGAGGACUCGCCGCCGGAGGCGGGGGCGGCUGAGGCGUCGUCUUCUGUCGCCCAGGAGAAGGCGGAAUCCGCCUCCGUGUCUCUGCGGCGCCUGACAAGCUUUGGGAGCCGGAGCUCGCAGAAGAUAUGUUCAAUUUGCCUUGGAGGCAUGAGAUCAGGGAUCGGACAGGCCUUGUUCACGGCUGAAUGCUCCCACAAAUUCCAUUUUCAUUGCAUAUCUUCAAAUGUCAAGCAUGGCAACCUUAUCUGCCCGAUAUGCCGUGCUAAAUGGAAAGAACUCCCAAGCGCUCAACCUGCAGAUGCCAAUUAUGGAAGAGCUAGAGUAAGCCCACUAAACUGGCCCCAGGAUGAAGGGCACAUGGCUGUUGUCCGCAGGCUUUCCCAUACAUACAGUGGAAGCCUGCAGGAGCACCUUCCUUUCUUCCGUACUCCAGAGGCAGGCAUCUUCAAUGAUGAUGAGCACAUAGAUCUUCAGUCUGAUACAGCAAAUGAACAUGAUGCGGUCACUGGUUCUGUUGAAAUCAAGACAUAUUCAGAAUUUCCUGCUAUACAGCAAUCAGUGGCCCAGGAGGUCUUUGCUGUAUUGAUCCAUCUCAAGGCUCCAAAAUCCUCGCACUCAGCAUGCUCCCGUGCACCUCUUGACCUUGUCACUGUUCUUGAUGUCAGCGGUAGCAUGGCAGGGACCAAGCUUGCACUUCUGAAGCGUGCCAUGAGCUUUGUCAUACAAACCCUUGGACCCAACGACCGCCUGUCUGUCAUUGCCUUCUCAUCCACAGCACGGAGACUCUUCCCUCUCCGCCGAAUGACAUUAACUGGUAAGCAGCGAGCCUUGCAAGAUGUCAGUUCACUUGUUGCAAGUGGUGGCACAAACAUUGCUGACGGGCUAAAGAGAGGUGCUAAAGUGAUCGAUGACCGUCAGUUGAAGAACCCAGUCUGUAGCAUCAUUCUUCUCUCUGAUGGUCAAGACACACAUACCCUCCUUUCUGACAGGGGUUUGCUAAAUUACAGCGCCCUUGUCCCACCUUCUAUUCUUCCUGGAACAGGUCAUCAUGUCCAGAUCCACACCUUUGGUUUUGGCUCAGAUCAUGAUUCUGCUGCCAUGCAUGCUAUUGCUGAUAUAUCUAGUGGCACAUUUUCAUUUAUUGAUGCUGAAGGCUCGAUCCAAGAUGGGUUUGCUCAGUGUAUUGGUGGGCUCCUGAGUGUAGUUAUUAAGGAGAUGCGUUUGAGCAUUGAAUGUGCUGCUGACGGUGUGCUGCUGACGUCCAUCAAGUCAGGCGGCUAUACAAGUCAGGUUGCUGAAAAUGGCCGUAGUGGUUCAGUUGAUAUUGGAGACCUAUAUGCAGAUGAAGAGCGGGGGUUUCUGGUCACCCUACAUGUGCCAGCUGCGAAGGGGAAGACUCUUCUGAUCAAACCAACCUGCACAUACGAAGACACAAUCACCACUGAGAACAUCGAAGUACAGGGUGAAGAAGUGAGCGUUCAGCGCCCUGCACAUUUUGUGGACUGCAAAAUGUCUCCUGAGGUUGAGCGUGAGUUGCACCGUGUUCAAGCCACAGAGGACAUGUCUGCCGCACAGGCUGCAGCUGAGGGGGGUGCUUUUUCUCAGGCCGUGGCAAUUCUCGAAGGCCGUAGGAGGAUACUGGAAUCACUAGCUGCACAAUCUUCAGAUAGCCAAUGCUUGUCGUUGAUAACAGAGCUGAGGGAGAUGCAGGAUAGGGUGGAGAGCCGGCAAAGAUACGAGGAAUCAGGCAGGGCGUUCAUGCUGGCUGGCCUGAGCUCACACACAUGGCAGAGAGCAACCGCACGUGGUGACUCGACUGAUCUCACUACCACUAUUCACACCUAUCAGACGCCAUCCAUGGUUGACAUGCUUCAGCGCUCUCAGACUCUUGCUGCCCCUGGUGUUGACACGCUGAACCGCUCCCCAACUAUGGCUCCUUCACACAGGUCUCCACAUAGGUUCAGAAGGCCAACCAGGUCAACGAAAUCCUUCUCCGGUCGGCCCCUGUGAUGCUGCCUGAUCAUGAAGCAGUUCCAGCAUUGACUAUUGAAGUAUUACGACAAAGUAAAUUAUUCAUUCUUUAGUUUGUUGUACUGCAGCUCUUACUUCCAUUCUCAAUAUUCUAUAGUAGGCAUAGGACUAGAAGUCUUGAGAUAUAUGCUGGUUUGGUGUACAUGGUUGAAAUUUGGAAAGGAUUUAUAAAUGGCAUAACUGAUAGAGGUGAAGAGGAUUUAGGUAUAUAUGUUUUACAGUUGUCUGUUUGUUCUGUACAUAAACAUCUCCCUUGAAUGAUUUCAGUGAGCAUUAUCUUUGGGAAUGAUAAAUGGCAUAUCAAUGGAAUGAAAAGAUUUAGGUGUGAUUACCUUUUUUCUACAGUUGUCUGUUUUGUUCUGUAUAUAAACAUCUCCCUUGAAUGAUGCCAGUGAAUGAUAAAUGGCACAUAUCAAUAGAAGUGAAAAGGAUUUAGGUAUUGUUC